GUGUGUCUGUGGCUGUCGUGGCGUGCGGACGUGGCGAGGGAGGGCCACAGGUGUCAGGCGAAGAACAGUGCUCGUGUUAGUGACUGCCAUACACACUACAGCCUCACCAUGCGAGUGCUGCGGGUGCUGAAGAGGACUCUGGCGGUGCUGCUCUUCGUCUGCAUGACACUCAAGAUACAACUAGAACUGCGAGUGCUGAGAGCGGGAACUAACACCGGAUACUCGCCUUGGUGGGGAAACGAGACACUGGGACACCUGAGAGCCUUUCCUAAACUCGCUACACGGGGAUUACUCAUGACGUCCUCAGAACCACGAACAUUCCUGAUUCAUUAAAGAAAAUGGGGAUAAAGUAUUCUGUGGGAGACUUAACACGUGGGAUUAAUGGGAAGUCUGAACCAAAUAACUCGUAUAGAAAAAUUUUAAGUGAUGCUACGAAUAGGAGUAACAGCAUCGACACAGUGCAAAACUCAGGUGACAGUAGUUUCAGCGCCACGGCGACGAAAUAUGCAAGCAACACCAAAACACACACUGGUUUAUUUGCCAAACUUAAGAUAUAUGACGGGAAGAACACCAUCGACACGGACACCAUAUAUUCCUCACAGAAAAGACAUACCACCAGUGAUGUUCUCAAAAAGGAGGAAAAUAAAUUGAAAACUCGAGGUAGUGGACAGACAGAGACGAGUGUAAAUAAACAAGUGCCAGUCCCCAAGUCUAUAAAAGUAUCAAACUCUACAAAACUGCCACAGGAAUCUAAAAAAGUGCCGCUGAGACCUAUGAUGCCUAAAGGUGGAAUCUCGUCAAGAAUGAUAAAGAAAGUUAAGUCGAUGAUUUCAAAGGGAGUGUCUCAUGACGUAGACAAAAACGAGAUGUCCCUGACGAAGGAAGCGAUUGCAGCCAUCAAGAAGGAACUGAAAGAGGAGAAUGAGAAGCAGAUAGUGUACAACCAAGAGAAAUUUGGUCCAGUUGACAAUUAUACUACAAUUCUGCUCGUCCAGGUACACAAGCGCCUGGAGAACCUGCAUUACCUGGUGGCGAGCCUGCGGGCGGUGAAAGGGAUACAGGACGCCAUGGUGGUGUUCAGUCACGAUCUGUGGGACCCCGCCAUCAACGCUUUCGUCAGGAAUAUCACGGACUUCAGGGUGAUGCAGAUGUUCUUCCCGUUCUCCAUUCAGCUGUACCCUCUGGUCUUCCCCGGCAGGGACCCCAAGGACUGCUCCUGGAACACCAAUACCAAAGGGAAGAAUACUGACUGUCAGAAUGCGAAAUGGCCAGACAGCUACGGCCACUACAGGGAGGCUUCCUUCACGCAGAUCAAGCAUCAUUGGUGGUGGAAGAUACAUAGAGUGUUCGAGGGCCUGAGGGUGACCCGGGACAACUACAUGGGCCACGUGGUGUUCCUGGAGGAGGACCACUACGUCUCCCCUGACAUCCUCCACGUCCUCAGCCUCAUGCAGCGCCUCCGCCCCGCCCUCUGCCCCUCCUGCAAAGUUCUAGCUCUUGGAAACUACAAUAAAUUAAAUCCUCAUGUUUAUAAAAAUUUGGUGGAGAAAGGGGACUGGUGGGUGACGAAGUACAACCUGGGCUUCGCUAUGGACGCGGUGGUGUGGCGGAGUCUCAGUAAGUGCAAGGAGAAAUUCUGCACCUUCGAUGACUACAACUGGGACUGGACCAUGACAAACGUGGCGCAGACUUGCCUAGAACAGCGCCUCUCCAUGAUGUCCCUCAGGCUCAGUCGCGUCCUUCACUUAGGCAGCUGCGGCACUCACGUCAAAAAGAAAGUGUGUGAUGUCCAGGCAGAAGUCAAGAACGCUGUUUCUCGCCUCUCAGCCAGCAAACAGUGGCUCUAUCCUGACAUCCUGGUGCCCCUGGGAUCGUGGAAGAAAUCAGGGAAGCCCAAGAAGGGGAAUGGAGGCUGGGGAGACUUAAGGGACAGGGAAUUGUGUCGAGGAAUAGGGAAUGAUACUGUUGAUGAGGCUUUCUUAGCUCGUCUCCAAGCUAUGACUUCUGUUUAAGUCUCCCUCUUUAUUUUUCUGUUUUCUUUUUCAUCACUUGGUUUUCUUUCACUGGAGGUGGUCUUAUUCCUUUUCUUUCUGGCUCUCUAUUAUAUUAUGAUCUUUUUGUCAUGUUUAAAUUCGUGUUCUCUUAAAGAUCUAUGAGUUCUUUUCUGUAGCAUAGUGUGUGUGUGUGUUACACGUGUAAUUCACUGUUUGAUCUGCUGCAGUCUCUGACGAGACAGCCAGACGUUAUCCCUACGGAACGAGCUCAGAGCUCAUUAUUUCCGAUCUUGGGAUAGGCCUGAGA